AUGUCAAAUAUCAUUCGCUUUACAACCCCACGUCACCGCAUCCAAUUCACAUGUAUAAAUUCCCCCUCGAAACCACCGAUCAUACGCCGCCUUCUCCCAACCGCCACCACUACCAUUACCAUUUCCAUGGAUCUCCGCCGUGGACUUCCUCCAAAACCUCCCUCCACCACUCCCAUAAUCCGCCACCGGAAGACUACUUCUAACAAUAAGAAUAAUAACAACCGAUCACCUUCCUCCACCGGCACCGUCAUCGAUCAUCGCUCACCUUCUCCUAUCCCGAAAGCAUCCGAUGCAUUGCCCCUUCCUCUAUACCUAACAAACGGUAUUUUCUUCACUCUCUUCUUCUGCGUCGCCUACUUCCUCCUCCACCGUUGGCGGGAAAAAAUCCGGUCCUCUACCCCUCUUCACGUCGUUACCCUCUCCGAACUCGCCGCUAUCGUCUCCCUCAUUGCCUCCUUCAUCUACCUUCUAGGGUUCUUUGGCAUCGAUUUCGUCCAAUCCUUCAUCGGCACCUCACGUGUGGACGAGGACAACUUCACUCUCGAAGACGACGUCGAACAUCAUUCUAAACCUAAACCUAGAAUUAUGGAUCCUUUACCGACGGCUGCUACUCUCACGUCUAAAAAGGACGAAGAUAUUGUGAAAUCUGUGGUUUCUGGAUCUAUUCCGUCGUAUUCUCUCGAAUCAAAGCUUGGGGACUGCCGGAAAGCGGCUUCGAUUCGACGGGAGGCGUUAGAGAGAAAAACGGGGAGGCCGUUAUUAGGGUUACCGCUUGAAGGAUUCGAUUACAAUUCGAUAUUGGGGCAGUGCUGUGAGAUGCCUAUUGGUUAUGUUCAGGUACCUGUCGGAAUCGCAGGACCUUUGUUGUUGAAUGGUGGCGAGUACAUGGUGCCCAUGGCUACGACGGAGGGAUGUUUGGUUGCGAGCACAAAUAGAGGCUGUAAAGCCAUAUUUGCAUCAGGCGGAGCCACGGCGAUUCUGUUAAAGGACGGGAUGACAAGGGCGCCUGUUGUUAGGUUUGGAUCGGCGGCAAGGGCUUCUCACCUUAAGUUCUUCUUGGAAGACACCCUCAAUUUUGAUGCAUUAAGCAUCGUUUUUAACAAAUCAAGCAGAUUUGCUCGGCUUCAAAGCAUUAAAUGCUCAAUCGCCGGAAAAAAUCUCUACAUCAGAUUCACAUGCAGCACAGGUGAUGCAAUGGGGAUGAACAUGGUGUCAAAAGGCGUCCAAAACGUUCUAGAUUUUCUCCAAAUCGAUUUCCCAGACAUGGAAGUAAUUGGUAUAUCUGGAAACUUUUGCUCAGAUAAAAAACCAUCCGCUGUAAAUUGGAUCGAAGGGAGAGGAAAAUCUGUAGUUUGUGAAUCAGUCAUCACUGCAGAUGUGGUGAAGAAGGUGCUGAAAACCACAGUGCCUGCUCUUGUAGAGCUUAACAUGCUCAAGAACCUUACUGGUUCAGCCAUUGCAGGCUCUCUUGGUGGCUUCAAUGCUCAUGCAGCCAAUAUUGUUUCAGCUGUCUUUAUAGCCACAGGUCAAGACCCUGCUCAAAACAUCGAAAGCUCUCACUGCAUUACAAUGAUGGAGCCUGUAAAUUCCGGAAAAGACCUCCACAUUUCUGUCACCAUGCCCUCUAUCGAGGUUGGGACAGUGGGAGGUGGGACCCAAUUGGCAUCCCAAUCAGCUUGUUUGAAUUUACUUGGAGUGAAGGGUGCAAGCAAAGAGUCACCAGGGGCAAAUGCGAGACUUUUGGCAACAAUUGUAGCGGGGUCGGUGUUGGCUGGGGAGUUGUCUUUGAUGUCAGCUAUUUCAUCGGGGCAGCUUGUGAAGAGUCAUAUGAAGUAUAACAGAUCCAACAGGGAUAUGACAGUAAUUUCGUCUUAGUUUAGUAAAUAAAAGAGAAAGAAAUAUAGGUCUAAAUUAAAGAAAAAGGAUUGGAGAGUUAAAAAGAGUUGAAAGUAUCUGUAAAGACCAGAAUGUGAGGUGUUACUGACCAUUUUCCCCCCGAAGAAAGAGUUGUAUUUGUUGGAGUUUUACUUUGUGUUAGAUUGUUGUGUUUGCUUUGGGGGGUGUAAUUUCAGGUAGAAUAAUGAGGGUGUAAUUCUUGCUCCUCUUUUGUUAAUUUGUGUAGCAGUAGCACGACAUGGGGCAAGUUUGGAUUAUGAGUUAUCUUUGAGACCAUUUGCAGACGAAUUUUAUAUGACAAUCAAUGGUGUUUAUGUUAUA